GUCCAGAUUUGAACGACGUAGUAACAGGACAAGCGGGAGAUGGCACUGUAUUUUUGGCUAAUUCGAUAAUAUAUUUAUAUUCUAUAAUGUUACGUGAUUGUAAUUUCGACUAUUUAUGGAAGAAGGACCGAAUGACGUACAAGAUGCUUUUUUUUUGUCAAUUAUACACGUUCUUCUGACACAACUAUGUGCGACUGAGAAAGCUUCACUACAAUUCCCAUAACUCAAAUAUCACCUUGGGAACCGUUUGUUGUGACUCGCAGAUACUGUAUAAGGUUUGAUACAUAAAACGACGAGACAUGAGGCUAAAGGUUUUCCCGUUCAGGAAAAUGGGCAAAGCACCAGUGGAUCUGUCAUUCAAAUGUAUUGGGUCUAUAGCAGAUGUGCUGCACAAAGAACCGAAUGAAGGUUUGCGACCCUUGAAGCGUAAUGCCGACAAUAAGUUCUGCAGUCAAGCUUUGAGACUAAACAACAAUUUAAUCUCAGAUUUAGCUGGGUUUACUCUCACCAUCGACUCCCUUCUCAGCGAUCCCUCUCAUCUAGCUUGGCUCGACUUGUCCUUCAAUCACAUAUCUCGAAUUGAUAAAGCAUUGACUGAGCUGCAUGAACUGAGGGUCUUGUAUCUGCAUGGCAACCACAUUUGCAAGCUCUCUGAAGUGGACAAGCUAGGAGUGCUGCCUUUCCUCCACACAUUGACACUGCAUGGAAAUGCAGUUGAGAAUGAGAAGACUUACAGAGAUCAUGUGAUUUCAGUGCUGCCACAUCUGAAGUCUAUGGAUUUCAGUGCAGUGACCAAGCAGGAAAGGAUUAUGUCUCAGAUCUGGCACAAAAAAAUCACCCUGAGCAAGACCAAGAGAAGCCCAAACUGAGGCAGAAACUGUGCCGUUUGUAACCAUAGGAUGACCUUUUGAUGCAAGUUUAACCAGAGGGGCAUUUUGUGUCGUCAUGUGACUAAUAAAGACCUGAAAUCAUUACAACUCCCA